AUGAAGGGAAAGAGAAAAGGAUGCAAAAAGAAGAAUAGUUCAAAUCAGCCAAUGGUGUUCAUGGAUGAGGCCGAGAAAACAAUAUACGGCCAGGUGACAUGUGCACUUGGGUCAUCCAGGUUCGAAGUGCUUUGCAUUGACGCAAUAAGCAGAAAGUGCGUUCUUCGGGGAAGCAUGCACAAGUCCGUUUGGGUCCAGCAGAAUGAUAUUGUGCUGGUGUCACUGGCAGAUGACCAGAAGGACACAGGCUACAUAUGCAAGAAGUACUUCCCUUCUGAGAUCAAAAUACUUAGAGAGAAUAAUUUGAUCCCUGAAAACUUCAAGCAGGAGGCAGAGGACAACCAGGCAGAGUUCCAGUUUGAAAGAAUUUAG